AUGGAUGAGAUGUCACGACAGGACAGACAGUCCCUCCUCCAGUGUAAAGAGAAAUCUCAAAAUGACAGGGUUCUUUUAGUCACUACGUAUCAUCCCGUCCUCAAAAACUUCAACGCCACGCUGUGUUUUGGAGAUGUGAUCAGAGACCAAUGCAGUCGUACUUCAUGUCCAGAUUUACCAUACGAUGAAAGUAUGUUGACUUAUACUCAUCAAUGUUCCGGAAGAAAAAUGAUCGUUGACUUUCAAUGCAUAAAUGGAUAUACCCCGAGUAACACCAGACUGACGUGUAGAAGAUAUUGGAUUAGUUACUGGUACUGGAGUGGAGCACGACCCACCUGCACAGGGACAACAUCAUCUACCACAUCCACUCCAUCAACCUCUAACAGUGUGCCUGUAACUCCCAAACGUUCCACCAUCACGUCUCUCGAUACGACAGAAUCUUUAGAUACACCACUUACCACACACGGCGCUUCACUGGACACGACACGGAGCUCGUUACAAUUUACAACUCAGAUCAUCUCUUCAUCAGAGCGGUUUAACUCAAUUCGCAGUUCUACUACUGAAAGCACAAUAACAACCAUAGGUGAUUCCGGAGUCACACAACCUGUAUCCUGUAACGGAACGAAACUACUGUCCAAGUUAGCUAAUCUAAAUGUCUUUCCCCUCGAUUCGGUUAUUCUCAACCUUGACAAUUCAACGUUUCCACAAGGGGAAAGGAUACGGUAUGACUGUGCAAAUAAUUACCGAUUUAUAAAUGGCACUUUAGGUCAAGUAUGUGGAGCUGAUGGCCAAUGGAGAGGAGAGUUGCCUGUUUGUAAAAGGUGCAAGUGUCCUUGUAGCCGAAUGAGAAAUCAGAUUAUUAUCAAGUCACAAGAAGAACUCCAAAGCAAAAUAGAUGUCAUAACAAAACAAUUAAAAGUGGAAAAAUCUCAUUUAUCUAGCGAGACGAACAAAAAGAUUUCCGCCGCAGAUCCCCGACCCGCGGCCAAAGCUGUGGGAUCCAUUCUCGGCAUAGGAAUCCUGGUAUUUAUCGUGAUGUUCAUGGUGCUGUCGGAUGUACCCACUCUGUACAGACAUUUCAGAUAUGGUCCGUACGCGUAGAACAUUUUGUUUUGAAAAUCGUCGAUACUUUCAAGAUUACUAGUCGAGGUGGCACGUACGUUAGAGCGUUCGCUUCUUCACCGGAAGGUCGUGGUUUCAAGCCCCGUUCGUUCCUUAGCCAUGUUAAACGUAUGACUAGUGACUGUAAAACACACGGCAUUUAGAAACUACGAGUCGAGGGUUUUCGGAUAAAACCUUGAAUAAUAAAGGUCUCCUGUUGCAGCAGGCGUUGGCAUGUUAAAGAGCCUGUACACUGCUACGGCCCAGUGCGUCAUGAACAUCUCUGAAUUUGUGACACCUCACCUAAACUUGGUGACGUGUCAGUAUGAGUGAAAAUUCUGGAAGGGUCAUCAAGCAAACAAAUAAACGACAUAUUUCGUUUGGUAUUCUAUGACACAGGGGAAAACAGCUCUUAUUCAUUAUAGGUCUUUCAUUGAAUAUCGGGCAAUGUGACCGACCAAGAUCGUUCCGCGAAACCAAAUUCCUGAUACUCAUGCAAUUCUAUGAACAUAUACUUAAAAGUGGGAUUUUCUGAUUUGAGAAAACCUCGCGAGUUCUCGCAUGAACACGUGACCCGAUAAGCCGCUGUAACCGUCAAUUUCGUCGCCAGUGUAAAUCGUUGCUCAAGUAAUAUUUUGAUCAACUAACUCCAUUACAUGUAGCUGCAGAACUGUUGCUCUCUGAAAAAAUAUUUUGACAUAACAGAGAGCUACAGAGCCACCCCUUAUAAAAACCUUCGAUUUACGGCGCACAAAAAGCUGCGCACGGUUGAGACCUUAUAUCGUUGUAUUCUUGAGUUACUGUCUCAUAAAUUUAAUAUCGAAAAAUUCUUAACAUAUUUUCCUACUAUACUUGUGUCUAAACAUACCUUCAAAUAUUCAUUAAAGCCCCACACGACCUGAAAACUCCCAGCUUCAAAUGAUUUCGUUAGUUGACGUAGCCAUGUUAGGUAGCCAGGUCAGUUCGUACCCUGUUGUUGUUAGUAUAUAUUCAUAAAAUUCGUUAUAUGUUAUGUAUUCGCUCUUCAUUUAUUAUCAAUACGAAUAAUUUAUAGAAAUUAAAAAAAAUAAAGUUUUUCUAAAGGUAAAAUAAGCUCUUGAUUCAUGAAAAUGCUACUAAAGUCCUUAACACUCGUGUGGCAGGGAUGGAGACCGCACCAGACUAAUGAAAGCCGCAUUGCCGUGAGUUUAGCUAUUUGAAUAAUUAUUAUUUAAAGGCACUGGGAUGAUAUAUUAUUUAAAAUAUUUAGCUAAAAUAUUUGUGGGGAUAUUAGUUCACAUCUAGACGUUAUUGUGCAUUAUGGAAAUUAACCAGGAUUCGAAUUGACCGGCUACCUAACAUGGCUACGUCAACAAACGAA